AUGGAAAAAUUCAAAUUACAGAUUGAAUUAAUUAUAGCAGAAAAUAUCACCUUUGGAAAUGACAAUAUUGAGGAAAAAUGGAAUUUUUUCAGAAAUGUCACAAUUGGAAAAGCAAAUGAAAUAAUUUCAAAAAAGAAAAAACUCAUAUCUGGGAAACCUAGAAUAUCAACAGACAGUUUAAUUAGAACAACCAAUAAACAAGUUGAAGUAUUAACAGAUCUAGAAGAAAUAAAAGAAGAAGUUAAAAAUGUAUUUAGUCAUUGA